AUGUCGUCAACAGCAGCUUCGAGCUCUACCCCACCGCCCCCACAAUCCUCCGCGCUACCUCCACAACACGACUCUCAAGUUGCCAACAACCCUGACUGCACCACUUCAGAAUCGUCUCCAUCAAACUCGUCGAAAGUAGUCCCUAAACGCAAACCCCUUCUCCGUCUCGAACUCCGCGAUCUUUCAUCCAACGGUUCAUGCGCAUUCCUUCGCCUCGUCCACGCCUCCAACGCUCUCCAAGAUGCCGUCGAUGCCGUCCUCAAGCUCCUAUACAAGAAUAUGCGUACAUCAUGUAUACCACCCACGCGUUCCGUAACGCUCGUGAUCCGAGACAUGGAAGGUGUAGCAUACACAACAGGCCUUGACCUCGAUGACGACCACAAGGAGAUACACUUCAGUACAAAGUACAUUGAGCACGUGCCCGAGGCGCGACAAAAGGAGGAAAUUAUGGGCGUGUUGGUGCAUGAAAUGGUACACUGCUGGCAGCAUAGCGGGUUUGGGAAAGCGCCACCCGGGCUUAUUGAGGGUGUGGCGGAUUGGGUGCGCUUGAAGGCUGGGUAUGCACCGCCGCAUUGGAAGAGGCAUACGGAUUGUGAUUGGGAUGCGGGCUACGAGCGGACUGGAUACUUUCUAGAAUGGUUGGAGGGGAAGUAUGGUGUCGAUGUGGUUAGGAAGAUUAAUGAUGCGAUGAGGGAGUGCGAUUAUGAUGAGAAAAAGGUGUGGCAUGAAUGCUGUGGAGGGAAGGGUGUUGAAGAACUCUGGAAAGAGUACAAGAAGAGCGUUGAUAAUGAUUGUGAGGAGAUGGAAAAGGAGCCAGAGAAAGACCGUGAGGAACAGAAUGAUGAGCAUACUGAGGAAACUGAGGCAGGCGAAUCAGCUGAAGACGACAUUCAGUCAUCGGCCUGGAGAGACCGCACGGAGGAACGUAACAAAGCCCGGAGAGGAGGAAACAUACAUAUCCCACUGCGACCAAAAAUGGGAUGA